CCGCCCCGCCCUGGGCUUGGCCACCUGCCCGGGAAACCUGUGGUUGGUUGUUGCUCUCGGGUCGUUCCUGGGCGGGGACACAGAACCGGGCCAUGGAAGAGACGUCGGGGGCUCGUGAGCCCCGGGCCCGGCCGAGAGAGCGAGACCCGGAGCGGCGCCCUCGCCCGGAUCGAGAGCGCCACUCCGAGCGACCGCGGGACAGAGCCGGGGACCGGCGCAGGGAGAGGAACGGGGACCGGCGAGGGGACCGGGACAGGAGAAGGGACCGAGACCCCCUCCAGGACCGACGCCGGGACGCCGGCCAUCGUGCAGGUGAACCAAGAGUCUGGGAAAAGUCCCGCGGAACCCAGAGGCUGGAGGAACCCCGGGGAACAACCUGGGACGCAGCCCCGCCCCCCUGGCCCGCGCCCUGGGAAACCCCGGAGCCGCCGCCCCCGAGGAAGGAGAGGUUCGCGCGCCACGGACCCGAAAGUUAUAGUGAACCCACUUCUGGGAGAUAUGUGCCCUCGAACCCCAGGCCUGGACCAGAGGAAGUGGAAUAUUACCAGUCAGAGGCCGAAGGACUUCUGGAAUGCCACAAAUGCAGAUACUUGUGCACUGGGAGAGGUGUGGUACAGAUAGUGGAGGUGAUUUUGAACGGGAUGGUUCUCAUGUGCAUCGUGGCAUCCUACUUUGUCCUUGCUGGAUUCAGUGCCAGCUUUGUCAGUGGCAGCGGCUUUGGAAAUAACUAUUACUCACCAUUUGAGGGCAGCGAGCUGGAGGAAGUUCGGCAGCUGGACCAGCAGUACACAGUCCUCCGGUCACCCCUGAUAUACAGUGGUGUGGCCGUUUCCCUGGGGCUAGGUGUCCUCACCAUGGGCGUUCUAAUCCAAGGAGCCAAGAGUCUAACAAAACUGCCUGGGAAGUGGCUCCCCUUGGAGGCCAUGUUCAGUCUCCUCUCAGCAGUGGGCUACUGCAUAGGCAUUGGCGUUUAUCUCCAUGUGGCUUUGCAGAUCAAUUCCACGGACACUUGCAAAAAAAGAGAGAGGCUGUACGCCCGCAGAGGUCUCACCUGGAUGAACUGCCAGCUGGCAGGCACUGAUGGAGCAGCAGCCACCUUCGCCUGUCUUCUGGUCAUUAUGUACGGUAUCAGCGUGGUCCUGGCCCUGCGGAGCUACAGAAAACAGAAGCUCUACAAAAACAGCCAAGAACAGCACAGAAAUUAUAGUGAUGCACCAGAAUACGUGUGGUCUGGGACACUGUAAGGAGACCUCUGGACCCCAAAUGUCAACCCUCUCCCCACUGUUUCUCUCAGAAGGGCAGGUCCUUUAAAACCAGUUAGACAGCUAUGGUUUUCACAGACUUGAUUUUGUAGGUACUGCCUUUAGUACCAGUGCAAAGUUAAGUAAUUGUCUCAUUUUUGUGUUGUAAAAGAGAUCCAUGAUUGCUGACCGACUAGAUGACAGCUUGAUAAAAGUAUCCCCUUUCAUGCAGAGAGCAACAUCAGAAGAGAGGGUACCCUUACUGUAGGGCUCCCUCACCUUAAAGAAAUAGCUCACUAGCCAGGGUAAUUCUGUAAGUAGAUUUCUUUGUUUUUUUCCCUUUUUUCAGUUUUGAGAAUCGAACUCAGGACCUUGCACUUGCCAAGCAGGUACAGUACCACUGAGCUACAUCCUUGGCCCUAGCUAGGGUAAUUCUGAAAGAGGGCAGCAGUUCCAAAGUUCCAGUGGAAAUCCUACCUGUCCUGACUGAAGUCAUCAGAAGAAACAUGCCAACUCCCCCUCUCCCCUGUGUGGUCCCAAAGAAGGAUUUUAAAGCAGUUAUUCUUACUCCCUCCAAGAGGGAAGCACUCUGCUAUUAGAGGGGCUGCCAACAGUGCACCCCAAGUACUUAAGAGUCCUGACCUAGGGAAAGAGAUGCUUUCAGCAGGCACAAUCCUUCUUGGGACUCCUCCUGCAGGGCCCAGGGCUAACGUCUCCUGCCAGCUAUUAUUCCGUUAGUAUUUUUCUGGCAAAUCAUUCCAUCGGCAUUCACUUUUUAAAAAUGUUUUGUAAGUUUUUUUAUACACGAGGUUUCCAAAUACUGACAAAAUAUGUAAAAUUAAAUGUGUCAUUCAAAUGAUUUUAAAGAUAAGGCAGUUGAUUUUAUUAGACUCCAGAGGCUUACUGGAGGCCUUUCUCUCUCUACAUUCCCUCUCAGGGCCCCACAGAGCAGGACUUCAGGGUAGAGAGUGACUUCAGUUCUCUAGCAUUGAACCUUAGAACUAAAGUUUUCAGUCAUUUAAAUCUUAUUAUUUAAUCUAUUUUACUCUUAAUUUAUACCUGUUCUUGUUCUUGACAACUAGUCUCAGCUCACGUCAGAUCCAACUAAAGACUUUCACAUUACGGAGGUCUUUUUCUAAGUGUCCUUUUGCUUUUCAGUAGCUAAUCCUCAUGGAACCUGUCCAAGACAAAGGGUCAAAAGUAAACCUCAUAAAAAAAAUAAUUAAAAAUAAAGCUUGGAGGAAGACAAGCACCUGGGAAUCUGUACUGCAUAUCUGAAAUAAAGUUGGCUGCACCACAGAAAGGUA